AUGUCCUCGUUCGACCGACCUUCGCAAGAUCGAGGUUGGGCAACGCGGCAAGAACGCUCCACCGCCACCGCUACGACGAAUUCGAAUCACAAGUCGUCCUCAUCGUCUUCGACGGCCGUUGAUCAAGCUCGUCACUUUUCUUCGUCUUACGAUCGUGGCAAGAGGUACGAGGAGCAUUCGACUAGUGCGCGUGACUCCAAAACGAGUGCGAUGGGCUCUGGCUCGGCCUCGGUGGGGUCGGGCAAAUGGAGGGUUGUGACUUCGACGACGCAUGGGGAUCGCAAUUCUGAGCAAAGGCACGAUCGAGAGACGGCUAGCGGUGCACGUCGAGGUGUAGCGACGAACGACGAUCGACGCGGUUCGUCGACGUCUCGUUCGACGACGGCGGCGGCUCAGUACGACUCGUCCAAACGCGCCCGCGACGACGAGCGUCACUCCAACUUCUCGAAUCGAGCACCCCUCACGUCUUCGAGACGCUACGAUACCUCACCCACCCGCACUCACCCUUCCAAACACCACCACGACGAUGACCAGGACGAUCGACCAAGAUCCAUCGAUGCGCCCCCUCCGACCCGUCCGAAUCGACAGCCGGCAACGUUUUCGAGCCACAACGAUUUCAACCCGGCCUCCAGGAAAACUUACCCCGGGGAUCCGGCUUCGUCGAAUUCGACUUCGGGGCCUUUUUAUCCUGUGCAACGUCGGGCGGAAACUGAUGCGGAGCAGAACGUGUCCCGACCGAGCGGAUCCGACUCGUAAGUGUGUUUUCGCAUGUCUGGCCUUUCCCCCACGCGGAAGCACUGAUCGUCGCUGGUAAAUCCUUAGUGGCCGACCACCACCACCAGCGCGACCUAUUUCCCCACCUCUUCGCUCCCGUCGAGAUCAACGCGAUUCAUCUCGCUCACCCCCCUCCAGCCCCAGUCCUGAACGAUCUCCACCACCUCGAACCCAUCCACCUUCCAAAUCAACAACCGCUUCGAACGCACCUAGAAGACGUUCCCCUUCCCCCGCUUCUUCCUCUUCUUCUUCAAAACGAGACGUUCAUCAUCAUCCCCACCAUCAUUACCAUCCUUCUCGACGUAUAGAUCCGACUCCUACCCAACCCCAAGCCUCGGAAAACGAACCCGGUUCAAAAAAUGUCGCUUCCUCCGAACCUAAAGCUUUCUUUUCAGCACCGAGGCCGAAAAUGACUUAUACCUCUCGAAACCCUGACUCGAAUUCGAAAAGUUCGAUCAGCAAUGGGUACGGAAGGGAUCAGUAUGGGUCGGGUUCAAAGAUUGAGAGGGGGUUCAAGAGUGGUGUUGGAGGUAAGGGGGCGGGGUUGGAUAAGGGAUGGGCGGGGGCGAGGACGCAGAAUGGGCGUUGGAGGGAGAGGGAGAGGGAGAGGGAAGGAAGGAAAGACGAAGGAGAGAGGGAGAGGAGGGAGACAGAUCGUACGGUGAGGGAGGAGAGGUCUGUCGAGCCAAAGUGGGAGGAAAGGUCGAGGGAUUUCGAUUUUCUUCCUUCGACGACGGCGACGACGAGGAGGAGGUCGGCCAUCCCCGACUCCAUGGACGUCGAACCCCUUCCCCCCAGUACCUCGUCAUCCUCAACAUCGAUGCAACGCACCCCCUCUCGCGAACGAUUACAAAUGACCCAUCGCCAACCCCUUUCACUCAAAGUCACUUCCCCAACCAAUACUUUCCAGGCUUCGAACGGAACAGGGUCGAUUUUGGCCUCGAACGAUGUUGGAAGUGCGAUGAGUGGGGUCGGGAUGGGGGCAGGGGUGGGAACGGGUUCGAUGACCAAAGCCGGGCAAGUCAAGAGGUUCUUUCCCGCGGAAUCGGAGGACGAAAUUUGGGAUGGGAAGAGGACGAAGAGAGGUGAUGAUGAAGCAGAGAGAGGCGCGGAUGAUGAAAGGGACGGCGAAAGGAUCCGGGAGAGGGAGCCCGAGAGAGAGAGGGAGAAGGAGAGGGAGAGGGACCGGUGGGAUCGAGAGCGGGGACGGGAGAGAGAUGCGGGUACAAGACGUCGACGCCCGAGCGAUGCGGAUUCGACUACGAGUUCGAGGCGUAUAAGGGAGGAUGCGGGUGCGCAGAGGGAGAAGAAGGAACGGAGGAGGAAGGAGGAGGAGCAUGACAGGGAUCAAGGGAGAGAAAGGGAGAGGGAAAGAGGAAGGGAUGAUGGAUGGGGCGCGAGGCAUGAGAAGGAGAAAAGGAAGAAGUACGAUGAUGAAGAGGAUGAGAAGAGUACGAGAGAUAGAAGGAGGGAACCGAAGGAUCGGGAAAGUGACGAGGAGGAGGAAGGAAGGAAGCGAUGGAGCAGGAACGAGUCCAAGGGCCGGAGAGCAUCGUUCACUUCGAGGGAGAGGGAAAGGGACGAUGGGUACGACAAGGAUCGAUCGACCAAGACCAGGUCGUGGGGCCCUGCACGAGGCGCCAAGACCGAUUCGAGAUGGUCUCCAACGACGUCGAGGACGUCGCGAUACGACGAUCGUGAACGCGAACAAGACCACGAAAGGGAUCUGGACCGCGCCCGUGAUCAUGAUCGGGACCGUGAGCGAAGCAAGUUCAACGAUCGGAAAGAAGGGAGGUAUGACGAUGAUGAUCGAUCGAGUACGACGACCUCGAAGAAGAAUUUCGAAACUCGACGACGGACGGAGGAUCGCGAGUUCAUACACGCGCGAGGGAGGGGACGAGGCAGAGGGAGGGGCUCGUUUGGUGGACGCGGCCAAGAUGACUAUCGGGACUAUAACAAACGUGGGGCGGAGAGGAAAGGAGCAUCGUCGCAUGAGGACAAGGACAUGGAUCGUUCGCGGGACCGUAGGACCGAUGUCGGCUCCGAGGAUCGGCCGUCGAGGUCGUACAAUGACAGAUCGGAUACGGGCUAUCGUUACUCUUCUCGACGCGACGACGGGGAUGAUCACAAGAGGCGGGACGACUAUUACCGGAGGAAUGAUGACGAUUCAAGAAGACGUCGUCCGCCUUCGACGGAUCGACGCAGCUCGCGAGCGACGACGCCUCCGACGGUGUCGACACUCGCUGAAGGGGAGGAACCAUCAGCUGGCAACGACCUCGAGUUAGCCGCCGCUCCUGAUGUUCCCGUCGUUCCAGCCGCUCCACCACCCACCGAAAUCUACGAAUGCCUGGUCCAAGUCGGCGAAGGGACGUACGGAAAGGUGUACAAGGCGAGAAACACCGAGACUGGCGCUUUGGUCGCUUUAAAGAGGAUUAGAAUGGAGGCGGAAAAGGAUGGGUUCCCCAUCACGGCCGUGAGGGAGAUCAAGUUGCUGCAGAGCUUGAGGCACAGCAAUGUCGUCAAUCUGUUGGAGAUGAUGGUUUCGAAAGGCACGUUGGGCUAUCUCAUCGAUGGGCUGCGAGUGGAGCGAACUGAGGCUGACCAAACGAAAUUUUGA